AUGGCAAAAGGCAAGAAUUUAAACCCUGCAGAUGCCUUUCGCAAAGCACAGCGGAAGAAAGAACUUAAGAAGGCAACUGGCAGAGCAAAGGCUCGUGAUUUUGCUUUAGUGAAGAAAGACACCCGAGAACUUGAGGAAGAGGUUGAGAGACUGGAAGCAAAUGGAGAGGCAUCAGCUGCAGAUAAGAGCCGUAUCGUCGAGCUCAGAUCUGAAUUAGAGAGCAUCAAUAAGAAAAAAGAGGAAUACGUUGCUGAACAUCCUGAACACCGCAAACUUGUGUUUAGGUCUCGUAAGCAACAAGGUGACCAUGAAACUAAUGCAAAAGAAGAGGACCCUGCUCAAAUGACCAGAAAUUUGUUCAACAAACAUGGGCUGCCGAGACAUCCAGAACGAAGUCUUUACUAUGAUCCUGUGCUGAAUCCGUAUGGUGUUCCGCCUCCCGGGAUGCCUUAUGUCGAAAGACCACUGAAACCGGAAGAGUUGGGUAAUGACAAGCACGAUGAAUCCGAUGCUAGUGACGAUGAUAUUGUCAUGCCCGACGGCCCUCCUCCAGGAGCCGGAGGCGAGGAUGAUAGUGACGACGGUAUCCCAAUGCCCGAAGGUCCGCCUCCUCCCAAAGACGGAGUUCGAACAAAUGCGGCAGUGCCGCCCCCUCUCCCACCGACAACACUGCCUGUCGGCUUGAUGCCACCUGCCUUUCCUAUUGUCAACACGUUCACUCCACCUCUACCAGACUCAGUGUCAAAUCUCCCGCCCUCUCCGCCAUCCGGAUUCCCCCCUCCCUUUUACGCAACAGGUGCACCUCCUCUGCCGCCCACUUUGCCUCCACCCAUGGCACUACUUGGAACACUACCACCACUACCACCGCCACCACCACCUUUCGGCUUCCCAGCGCAUCUUUUUCCGUUGCCGCCGCCUCCUGGUUUCCCGCCACCAGGUGCAUUUCAACAGCCACAAAUGCCUCCUCCGCCACCGGGGUUCUUCCCUCGUCGAUCACAGUCGAUAUCUGCUAUGCAGGACCCACUAUCUUCCAUACCGCAUCAGACUUAUCAAGCGCAUCGCGCAUCGAAGUUAACUGAGCCCAAUCCCGCGCCACCGCUUCCACCAGUCUCAGGUACUAUCGCUCCCUCUGAAGGAACAUCGGGAGCAGCGACAGUCGAAGCCGCUCCUCAGCUUCGCGACUUCAAGAAAGAGAGCACGUCGUUUGUACCUGCAGCCUUGAAGCGCAAGAAGGCUGGUGCGGGUAACGUGACUGCCAGCAGAAUCAAUGCGGCGCCAUCUCUCGAGCCGACUGCGGGCAGCGUCGAGUCAGAAUCUCGAGCUGCUAGGCCAGACCUUCUGAGUGCCUUGAAAGACCAACUUGGAUCAGCCGUAGGGAAUCCUGCUGUCAAAGCGGCGGAUCUUUCAGAUAAGAGCACGCGCUCGAAACCGAAGAAUGACUACGAGAAAUUCCUGGAGGAGAUGGGAGAUAUCUUGGGGAAAACGUAG